ACGGGCGGUCCCGGGAGAGGGGGGUCGGGGGGGGGCGAUGCUAUGAAAGGGGCCGCGGUGCCGCCCGCCCCACAGCCGCAGUCCCGCUCCGCACCGGCGGCCGCCCCGGAGCCGCUGCCCUCACCAUGAACAGAGGUUUCUCCAAGAAAAGCCACCCGUUCCUACCCAAAAUAUUCCGAAAAAUGUCCGCCCAGUCGGCCAAAGAAAAGCCCGAAAGUCUGCGAUUCCCCUUCCUGGACGACGAGGAAACCAUCGCCACGCUGAAGGAGUCCAGAACCUUCUUCAUCCUGCGGGGCCUCCCCGGCAGCGGGAAGUCCACGCUGGCUCAGGCGAUUCAGGAGCGCUACAGGGACGGCUGCAAAGUCAUCGCGGCCGAGAGCUACAAAAUCAGCCCCGCCGUGAGAAGCGCCGUCCCCGAAGAGUAUUGCAAAGUGGACGAGGAUUUAGUUGACUAUUGCAAACGAGACGUCAGCGUUAUCGUUUUGGAUGACACCCACCACGAAAGGGAACGGCUGGAGCAAAUCUUUGACAUUGCUGACAAAUACCGCUACAAAGUCAUCUUUGCGGAGCCCAAAACCCAGUGGAGGAUGGAUUGCUCCCAGCUUAAGGAUAAGAACCAGUGGAAACUGACGGCGGAGGACCUGAAGAAGAUGAAGCCCAGUUUGGAGAAGGAAUUCCUGCCCAUGUAUUUUGGGUGGUUUCUGAGCAAAAGAAGCUCCGAGACGCUGAGGAAGGCCGGGCAGCUGUUCCUGGAUGAGCUGGGAAGUCUCAAAGCCUUCAAAAAGGAGAGCAAAUUCUUCACUUCUGAAGAUCCCAAACUGAAAAUAGAUCUCACCAGCUACUUUGUGAAGAGGCCGCCCGGGGUCUUACACUGCACCACCAAAUACACCGACUUUGGGAAGGCAGCGGGGGCUGAGGAUUACGCACAGCAGGAGGCUGUGAGGGCUUCCUACGGCAAAGGCUUCACUUUGUCCAUUUCUGGCCUGUUUGUCACAACCAAAACCGUCGGUGCUCGCGUGGAGCUGAACGAUCAGCAGCUGCUGCUGUGGCCGGGGGAUGCUGAUAAGGUCCAGGCGACCGACAGCCUCCCGAAGGGCAGCCGAGCUCACAUCACUCUGGGCUGUGCCAGUGGAGUGGAAGCCGUUCAGACCGGGCUGGAUCUGCUGGAGUUUGUGAAACUGGAGAAGGCGGGGAACAAAGGGGAAGAAGUGGGGGAAAUUGGAGGAGGGAAACUGCAGUAUUUUGGGAAUGGGAUGUGGAUGCUCGUCCUGGCCAAAAAGAUCGAUGUCAGGGCCAUUUUCUCGGGUUACUACGGAAAGGGGAAACUCGUGCCUACACAGAGCACCAACAAACGGGGCUCUGCGUUCAGUUCCUGCACCAUCAUCUAAGGUGGGCACCGCCCCCGCUGGGUUGUAAAAGGAAAGUAACUCGGUAACCUUUAAAACCGUAAGAGAAAUAAUUCUGCCCUUACUAAGCAAGCCCUUCCGCCAACCUCAGACUGAAACGGCUCUGGGGAAACAGUUAUUGGCCUUGGGAAGAAAACAAGCAGCUCCAGGAGAGCUGCCAGGUCAACCCUCAGCAACCAAAGCAACGCUGAGUAUUUCUGACGGGAGAGUUUGGGGAGAACCAGCUCUCGUGGGGCCCUGCUUGUUUUCUUCCUCAGGGGAGGAUCUCCUGUUGUCUUUUAUAAGUUCCCUAUGAACCACAAUCGUUAGAUCCGCACUUCACAAUUGAGCAGUGGCAGAACAGAGCCUGUACAGAACUGCUCUGAGGCCCAACGAGCUGUUUGUGUGCAGAGCUGUCAGCGCAGGGAAGGGCUGUGCUGGUGGGCGCAGAGCUGGGCCAUGUCAGUGAGCCAAAUCCUGCAGACAUGGGGAGAAAAUCACAGCAAAGGAAACAGCUUCGAGGAGCCGCAUUCGGCUCCUGCAGCUCAGGACGGGCUGCAUCCAACACUGCCAGCACCACUGUUCUGUAGGGAGCAAUCCUGCCUUGGCGGGGAACGGAAGAGAUGAACUCGCAUCUUUUCCACCUUAUUUCAUAGAAACUAAAAUCGUGUCUGAAGUAUAGGACUGUACUUCAAGCAAGAUUUUACUCGCUUUAGCUAAUGCACUGAACGUAGGAUGGAAGUAACACUGUAAUAUAGGAAGUAAAGGGAGGUAUCAUAACUGCGUAACUCACGUCUGCUCCAUCCCCGGUCGUGGGCUGGAAAGAAGUCAGUGCAGGAGCACUGUGUUGGUCGGGCUGUCUGCUUCCUUAGGGCUGAUGUUUGUGCUCUGGGAUGGUUCAGCAGGCGGCAGAUCUGCGGUCACUACUAAAUAACAGAUCUCAACUAACAGAAUCCGGUCAGGACAGCAGCCCAAACUCGUGCUGUGGCUGCGCUUAACCCAGUGUUAAUAAAUGUAAAUACUCACUGCGUUCCACGCGUGUGUGUCGGGUUGGUGUCUGUAAGGGAGCACUCAGCAGCAAGGAGAGCUGUGGGGGGAGCGAGUUCAGCAGUGAGGGGAAGCAGCGCCCGCUGUGAUGGUGGCUUUAAGGGUGGCAAUAAAUCCCCAUUUAACACCAAAAUCCCCUUACCCGCAUCCCAUCCUUUGCUUCCCCCGGCUGAACACACAACAGCUGCUGUAAGUGCAGCUCAGCCGUCCCAGUGCAAACCAAUGCAGCUCUCAGUGCAAACCCUCAGCAGUUGCCCCAUCAAACUCACAGCAGCGCUCCCGGGAGCACCAAGAACAACAGUGACGCCGUCCGCAGCGACCUUUUUAUUAGUUUGUACAUCAUAUACAGUUUAUAAUAAAGUAAACCAGUUGCAUA